CAUCUUCAACAUCUCACUUCUGCUUAACCCUCUCUUAAUUCUUAUCACCUUUUCAUGCUUCUUCUCUAUUUGCAUUUCUUUUGCCAGCCCAUUUAUUUCUUCCUUCUUCUUCCUCUCUCUCUCUCUCUCUCUCUCAGCAUUUAAAUGGACGAUAAUAUUAACAAUGAACACGCUUUCUCACUAAAGACGUAUCACUAACAGCCACCAGCAAAACCCUCCAUCCACCUCUGAUACCACCACCACCACCACCCACCACCCACCACUCUUUUCUUUAUUUCCCUUCUCUUCUUCUUUAUCAAGGCUCUCAGAAGCAUCCAAAACCCAAAGCUACAGCGUCUUUAUAUUAUAAUAAUCAGUGUAGAAAAGAAAAAGGAAGCAUAUAGGUUCAUAGGAGAUCGUGUUGGGGCUGAGCCAGAAGAAUUCUAACGCAACUCUCUCUGUCUUGAUCUUUCACGCUGUUUUCUGCUUUGGAUAUGCUCUCUCUUUCUGUUUUCCUUAUAUCAUUUCUACAAGCAGCAGAAAGAAAUUCUCCUUUUUAUUAUGAGAAUCAAAUAUCAAGGCCUGUUUGGUGCAGUUUCUGGAUCUCUGUUGUUCGCGUUGUUUUCUGGUUUUACCUGUACCCAUUUUCAUGAGUGCGUCUGAGUUGUUUUCUGAAAAUGGUAGGGAUGCUGAUUUGAAUGGAAGCUGCAGCAACAACAAUAGAAAUAACAGCAGCAAAGGAGAAGAACCCAUAAUAGGAAUCCAAGGGAAAGGAAAGAUGGUGAGAAAGAGGAUGGCCUGUGAGAUGAUGGAGGUGCAAACAGCAGACCAAAACCAGAGAUGUUAUCGGAGGAUUAGUGGUGGUGGUGGCACCACCGAUUCUCUCCCAGAAGACAAUAUUAUUGGCUGCACCUCUUCUUUGACUAAUAUUAUUAACCCUAACCAAAACCAAAACCAAAACCAAAAUCCAAACCCGAACCCAUACCCAGUGCUCAACUACUCCACUAUGACUGUGCUACCUUCUUCCACCAACUUGACAUCCAUGACGUCAGGAGGGUCUGUGUCUGUAUCUUUGUGUGGGUUUCUAUCUUCAACAGGGACAACCAACUUUUCUUCAAAUGACUUCCUCUCAUCAUCAUCUCAGCUCCAGGCCCCAGCCGUUUGUGGCUUCUCUGGUCUACCCUUGUUCCCUUCUGAGAGAGAUAGACAACGAAACGCUGCUGUUCCCGUCGUCCUUAGUACUUCCAGUACAACUGGUGGUGGUGGUGCUGCUGCUGCUGCUGCUGCUGCUGCUACUGCUAUUACCAUGGACGACGCCUCCGCCACCGCCUGGAUUGAUGGCAUCAUUAAGGACCUAAUCCAUAGCUCCGCCAACGUUUCCAUUCCUCAGCUUAUUCAGAAUGUAAGGGAGAUUAUAUUCCCUUGCAACCCCAGUCUCGCUUCCCUUCUCGAGUACAGACUCCGUUCCCUAGCUGAGCCGAUACCAAAUUAUCCGGUGGAUAGGAGGAGGAAGGAAGCUCUGCCUCAUAGGGACUACAGUAAUCAAGUGCAAGCCUCUUCUGGACUCACUCUCAAUCUUGAAAAUGUCAAUAGUUACACUUCGUUACCGGAUUCUACUGCAGCUGUGGCUACGGCGUCUCCUGUAGUCAAUCAAUAUUCCAGCUGGGGAACCACGCCAUCGCUGGUCUGCCAAGGUAACAACCAGCAGCUACACCAUCAACUUCAGCUUCUUCAUGAUGAGCAACAGCAACAAGAAAGCCCCUCUUCUACUUCGGUAACACCACCUCUUCUUGCAUUGAAUCAAGGGCAUCCACAACAGCAAGAAUAUGAAAAAUCUUCAUCAGCGGAAACAGAACAAGUAGCCAACACCGGAAUAGCAACGACACCAACGUCAGUAGCUGCUGCUGGUAUUAGCUCCAGGGAGAAGAAGGAAGAGUUAAGGCAGCAGAAGAGGGACGAAGAAGGUUUGCACCUUCUAACCUUACUUCUCCAAUGUGCGGAGGCAGUCUCGGCGGAUAAUUUCGAGGAGGCAAACAAGAUAUUAUUAGAGAUCUCGGAGCUCUCCACGCCUUACGGGACGUCGGCACAGAGGGUGGCAGCUUAUUUCUCUGAGGCAAUGUCCGCGAGGCUGGUGAAUUCUUGCUUGGGCAUAUACGCGACGUUACCGUCAGUGCCGCUUAGCCACACCCAAAAGAUGGCCUCAGCGUUUCAAGUGUUUAACGGAAUCAGCCCUUUCGUAAAGUUCUCUCAUUUCACGGCAAAUCAGGCGAUACAAGAAGCGUUCGAGAGGGAGGACAGGGUGCACAUAAUAGAUCUAGACAUCAUGCAAGGGUUGCAAUGGCCGGGGCUAUUUCACAUUCUAGCAUCAAGACCCAGUGGACCUCCAUAUGUACGUCUUACAGGGCUUGGGACAUCCAUGGAAACUCUGGAGGCAACUGGGAAGCGUUUGUCUGAUUUUGCCCAGAAACUAGGCCUCCCUUUUGAAUUCUUUCCGGUGGCGGAAAAAGUUGGAAAUUUAGACCCAGAAAAGCUAAAUGUCAGCAAGAGGGAGGCCGUGGCGGUGCACUGGUUGCAGCACUCCCUCUACGACGUCACUGGUUCCGACACCAAUACGCUCUGGUUGUUGCAGAGAUUGGCACCGAAAGUGGUGACAGUAGUAGAACAGGACCUGAGCCAUGCGGGAUCAUUUCUGGGCAGGUUCGUGGAGGCCAUACACUACUACUCGGCGCUGUUCGACUCAUUAGGAGCAAGCUACGGGGAGGAGAGUGAGGAGAGACAUGUGGUGGAGCAACAGUUGCUGUCUAGAGAAAUACGUAAUGUGUUGGCUGUUGGAGGGCCUUCGCGAAGCGGAGAAUUGAAGUUUCACAAUUGGAGGGACAAGCUACAACAAUCUGGGUUCAAAGGCAUAUCUCUAGCCGGAAAUGCAGCCACUCAGGCCACUCUACUCCUCGGCAUGUUCCCCUCCGAUGGCUACACCUUGGUGGAAGACAACGGAGCUCUCAAGCUUGGUUGGAAGGAUCUUUGCUUGCUUACUGCUUCGGCUUGGAGGCCAUUUCAUGGAAUCACCGCCAAUGCAACGGCUAUAGCAACAACCAGCAUCCAUAAUCAAUACCAUCUUCAGCGAUUUGCUACUGUGUAGUAGUGUAGCUGUGGAUCAGUGGGCUGAGAAGUAUAGAUGAUGGAUGGUGGUAAUGGGUUAAAAUUGUUGUAUGUAAUUUGAUUGAAUAGUUGCUUCUUGCCUUUGUGUUUGAUUAUAUGAUUUGUCA